AUGGCAAGACCCGUUGAAGGGCCCGACCCACCAUCGGAAUCCGAAUUCUCAUCCAGCCUGGCCCGUGUGGCCGUGGCCCAGACCUGCCAGUCGAUGGGCUUCACUGGAGCCCAGAACUCGGCCCUCUGUCUACUCACGGACGUCGCAACCAGGUACCUCCGGUCAGCCGCCAAGCUAGCGGCGGCCUCCGCCGCUCUCGGCGGCCGUACCCAGUCGAAUCUGGCCGACAUUGUUGCUGCUCUCGAGGAUUUGGCCUCCGUUCAUGGCUUCCGUGGCCUGUCGAGCGUCCGGUCGGUUUCCCUGUGCUCGUCUGCCGUGGUUAAAGAUUUGAUCAAGUUUGUGAAGUUUACGGAUGAAAUCCCAUUCGCCCGGCCCUUGCCGCCAAGGAGGAUUUUUUUUCCGGGCCGGAAAAGGAAAUUCAGAGAAUAUUGUGAUGAGGGUAGAUGGAAGCACGUGCCGGCGUGGCUGCCGCCGCCAUUGGCGGCGCCGGCGGUUGAGAAAACGAGAAAUGAAGAUAAAUGGGAGGAAAGUGUGGACACGAAUCGAGAUUCGAAUAGUAGGGUUUGUUUGUCUAAUUCGUCGAUAUUGUCGGUUAAGAGAGGAGGGAAAGUGAGAUUCAAAUUGGGUGCGGUGACAAUGAAGAACCCGAAUGCGUGUAAAAAAGCUCGAGUUUUGAUGAUUUGA